AUCGGAAGAGGCAUUCAGUUAGUUUCAUCGUCAGGAUGAACCGCUGUAUUCUUUUGCUCCUCGGAGCACUUCUUCUCGUUCAAGGUCUUCAUGUUCACAAGAGGCAACAGAAAUUGAGAACCGUUUCCCUGAAGAAGCAGCCGACUCUUCGCGAGACUCUUCUUCAAGCCGGUUCAUUCGAAACCUUUGCCAAGCAUCGUCAUGGAUAUAAGAAGUACUUGAAAACCAAUGGAAAUCAUCAUUUCGACAAGUACCAAGCUUUGAAUGUUGAAGGAGAGAUUGAUGAGCUUCUCAGAAACUAUAUGGAUGCUCAAUACUUUGGAACCAUCUCAAUCGGAACUCCAGCUCAAAACUUCACAGUCAUCUUUGAUACUGGGUCUUCCAAUUUGUGGAUUCCAUCGAAAAAGUGUCCAUUCUACGACAUUGCAUGCAUGCUUCAUCACCGUUACGACUCAAAGAGCUCGUCAACAUACAAGGAGGAUGGUAGAAAGAUGGCAAUUCAAUAUGGAACUGGAUCCAUGAAGGGAUUCAUUUCAAAGGAUAGCGUUUGCGUCGCAGGAGUGUGCGCUGAGGAUCAGCCAUUUGCUGAAGCAACCAGUGAACCAGGAAUCACCUUUGUCGCUGCCAAAUUCGACGGAAUCCUCGGAAUGGCUUACCCUGAAAUUGCGGUUCUCGGAGUUCAACCAGUGUUCAACACUCUUUUCGAACAGAAGAAGGUCCCAUCGAAUCUUUUCUCAUUUUGGCUCAACCGUAACCCAGACUCUGAAAUUGGAGGAGAAAUCACUUUUGGAGGAAUUGACUCAAGAAGAUAUGUUGAGCCAAUCACCUAUGUUCCAGUCACCAGAAAGGGAUACUGGCAAUUCAAGAUGGACAAGGUUGUUGGAUCUGGAGUUCUUGGAUGCUCCAAUGGAUGCCAAGCAAUUGCUGAUACCGGUACUUCUCUCAUAGCCGGACCAAAGGCUCAAAUCGAAGCCAUCCAAAAUUUCAUUGGAGCUGAGCCUCUCAUCAAGGGAGAGUACAUGAUCAGCUGCGACAAGGUUCCAACACUUCCACCAGUCUCUUUUGUGAUCGGAGGACAAGAGUUCAGUCUUAAGGGAGAAGACUAUGUCCUUAAGGUUUCACAGGGUGGAAAGACUAUUUGCUUGUCUGGAUUUAUGGGAAUCGAUCUCCCAGAACGCGUUGGAGAGCUCUGGAUUCUUGGAGAUGUCUUCAUUGGAAGGUACUAUUCCGUCUUCGAUUUUGAUCAGAACCGUGUCGGAUUUGCUCAAGCUAAGACCGCCGAUGGCCGUCCAGUUGAUCCAGCUCCACGACCAUUCCGUUCUGUCUUCGACAACGAAAGUGAGGAAUCCAUGGAACAAGACGACGAAUAAUCAACACGUUAUUUUUCUCACAAAUCCAGGUUUUUAAAAUAUUUUUAAUUCAUUGGCUUUAUAAAACACUUUAUGUUUAAUAAAUAUUUU